AUGGGAGCUUCCUCGAGCCUGGUGGUGAAAUUCGCGGACACCGAGAAAGAGCGACAACUCAGACGGAUGCAGCAGAUGGCUGGCAACAUGAGUAUCCUCAAUCCGUUCGUCUUCAACCAAUUUGGUGCCUACGGCGCCUACGCGCAAGUCAUCACUGAGCAAUUCGAAAUCCCUCAGCAGCAGGCCGCACUGAUGGUGGCCGCGACCGCCCAGGGCUACAUCAGCCCCAUGACGGCCCUCGCGUCCCACGCCCUCAACGGAAUGGCGAACUCCGUGGUACCGCCUGCUUCGGAGAACUUCUCUGGUCUGGCGAUAGGCACUGGUGGUCAGCCUCUCAACGGCGCGCUACCAUCGCUGCCGUCGCCCACCAUGCCCGGAUUCAACAUGGCGGCCCAGACCAACGGUCAGCCGCCCCCGCAGGACGCUGUCUACACCAACGGUCUCCCGCAGUCAUUCACUGGACCAGUUCCAGUGACGGCCCAAGGUCUGCCAAACGGGGAGGCAGCCGCCCUGCAGCACGCUGCUUUCUCCGGGAUGCAACCAUUUCCCGGAGUCGCUUACCCAGCGGUUUAUGGGCAGUUUCCGCAGCCCAUUCCGCCACCGGUGUCCGCCAUAGCCCCAGCGCAGCGUGAAGAUUUUCUUAUGUUUCCAGGCUGCUCCAUAUCGGGGCCCGAGGGCUGCAACCUCUUCAUCUACCACCUGCCGCAGGAGUUUGGCGAUGCCGAGCUCAUGCAGAUGUUCCUACCAUUUGGGAACGUCAUUAGCAGCAAGGUGUUCAUCGAUCGUGCCACCAAUCAAAGCAAAUGUUUCGGAUUCGUGUCGUUCGAUAACCCGGCAUCCGCGCAGGCCGCCAUCCAGGCGAUGAACGGAUUCCAGAUCGGCAUGAAGCGGCUAAAGGUCCAGCUGAAGAGACCGAAGGACGCCAAUCGACCUUAC